CGUGUCCUCUAGAAAUUUCGUCAGUGUGUCAUGAGCGGCGAGUGAGGGAGAGUGAACAGAGAGAGGUUGAGCAGUGUGCUUUGGGAAGUGUCCUCAGCAACACGUCUGUCCGUAGCCUCUCCCGGACUCCGCAGCGACCACUCCUAGGGUAGAAACAGGCACGAGGAAAGAUGUCGGUGAUUGGCAUUGACUUCGGGACAGACGGGUGUUACAUCGCCGUGGCCAGACAGGGCGGCAUUGAGACCAUUGCUAAUGAUUACAGUCUGCGCUCCACCCCGUCAUGUGUUGCCUUUGGGGAGAAGAACCGUAUCCUUGGCGUGGCGGCCAAGAACCAGAUGACCACAAACAUGAAGAACACCCUCCAUGGCUUCAAGAGGUUAUUGGGCCGUCACUUUAGAGAUCCAAAGAUCCAAAAUGAGGUGUCUAUCUUACCAUACCGAACUGUAGAGUUGCCGGAUAGAGGCGUGGGCAUUGUGGUGCGCUAUCUGAAUGAGGAGCACACCUUCACACCGGUCCAGGUGACUGCCAUGCUCUUCACCAAGCUCAAGCACACGGCGGAACAAGCUCUUGGCAUCAAGGUCAACGAUGUAGUGAUUGGGGUACCUGUCUACUUCACGGAUGCAGAACGAAGGGCUCUGCUGGAUGCAGCCAUCACUGCUGGCCUUAAUGUGCUCCGUCUUCUCAAUGAGACCACUGCUGUUGCCCUCUGCUAUGGUAUUUAUAAGCAAGACUUGCCAGCACCUGAGGAGAAGCCCAGGAAUGUGGUGUUUGUGGACUGUGGUGCUGCCAAUAUUCAGGUGUGUGCUGUAGCAUUCAACAAGGGAAAGCUCAAGAUGUUGGCCACAGCUGCCGACUCUAAUCUUGGAGGGCGGGACUUUGAUCGCCUUAUGGCCCAACAUUUUGCCAACGAAUUUAAAUCUAGAUACAAGAUUGAUGCCUCUAGCAACCCCCGGGCUUGGGUGCGCUUGUGCUCUGAGGUGGAGAAGUUGAAGAAACAGAUGUCGGCCAAUUCCACAGAUCUUCCAAUCAACAUUGAAUGCUUCAUGGAUGACAAAGAUGUUAGUGGAAAACUCAACAGAACCAGCGUGGAAGAGAUGAGUUCCCACAUACUAAGGCGUGUUGAGACUACCCUGCAGCAGUGUCUCUCCGACUCUAAUCUUAAAGUGGAUGACAUCACCAGUGUAGAGAUUGUCGGAGGCUCCACUCGCGUUCCUUCCAUCAAGCAUCUCAUAGAAAAGGUGUUCAAGAAGAUUCCCUCCACCACACUCAACCAGGAUGAAGCUGUGGCCAGGGGUUGUGCUCUCCAGUGUGCUAUGCUGUCCCCGGCCUUCAAGGUUCGGGAGUUUUCCAUAACAGAUGUGCAGCCAUACAGCAUCCAGCUGGUGUGGCAAGAUGAGUCAGGACAGGAGGCAGAUAUGGAAGUCUUCCCCAAGAACCAUCAGGUACCAUUCUCAAAGAUGUUGACCUUCUUCAGGAGGGAGCCCUUCACCCUCCAGGCCCAGUACACCCAGCCAUCCAUUUUCCCUGACCCCAUCAUUGGUCACUACACCAUUGAGAAUGUCAACCCUGGGCCUGAAGGAGAAUGCCAGAAGGUUAAGGUGAAAGUUCGAGUCAACCUUCACGGACUGUUCACCAUUGCCUCGGCCUCCCUCACAGAGAAGAAGGAGACUGUGGAGGAGCCCCAAGAGACCAUGGAAACUGAAGAUAAGACAGACAAGGCUCCUGCCGCUGAUGGACCUAAUGACUCCCAGGAGGCGCCAUCUGAGAACCAGGCCCCACCUGAGGAGGGUGGCCAGCAAGAAAAGAUGGACACAGAGAAGCCUCCAGAAACACCACAACCAGCAAAGAAUGAAAGUGGAGAGAAGAAAGGAAAGAAGUGCCUGAAGACAGUUGAGCUGCCAGUGAAGGAAGUGGUGAAGGCUCACACUCCCAAUGAUCUUAACAUUCUGGUUGAGCGGGAAGCCCAGAUGGUGCAGGCUGACAAACUAGAAAAUGAGAGAAUUAAUGCUAAGAAUGCUGUAGAAGAAUACGUGUAUGACAUACGGGGAAAGAUCCACGACGAACUAGAAAAGUAUAUUAGUGAUGCUGACAGAGAUAAGUUGAGUAUCCAGCUUGAGGACACAGAAAAUUGGCUGUAUGAAGAGGGUGAGGAUUGUAAAAAACAAGUCUACUUGGACAAGCUUGCAGAUCUGAAGAAACAAGGAGAGCCCAUCAAGACCAGAAAACGAGAACGCGACGACCUUCCCAGGGCAUUUGAGAUUCUGUCAGGCUCUGUCCAGUUGAUACGUAAGGCUGUUGACCUCUUCAAGCAGGGAGAUGAAAAGUACAACCAUCUUGAGGCUGCACAAGUGGAGAAGGUUGAAAAGGCCAUUGAAGAGAAACAAGACUGGGUAGACAAGCACCUUGGCCUCGUGAGCUCCACUGCCCUUCAUAAUGACUUGCCUGUCACUGCAUCACAGGUCUUGUCAGAGAAGGGCACCUUUGAGGCCCUAGUCAAUCCUAUAAUGAAUAAGCCCAAACCUAAGCCUAAGGUUGAGGAGCCUCCACCUGCAGAUAAGGAGGGAGGUAAGAAGGCUGAGGGAGAGCAGUCUAAUGGCCCCAAGGUAGAUGAAGAGCAGCAGCAACAACAGCAACCGCAGCAGACCCCAAAUAAUCCACCGGAACCCAUGGAUGUGGACUAAACCUUCUCCAGCCUAGCAAUCUCACCUCUUGUCAGAACAGCUUCAUCACCAAUCCUUAAUAAACUUGGUAGCCCUUAAA